AUGAGUGAUCUUCACUCCAUUGCUUAUAGCAGCCAUAGCUCUUCCCUAGCUUGGGAAUUACAAAAUCUUGGAGUUUUCAACGCAGACACAUCACAAUUGAUGAUGAUGGAGAACACCCCAACAUUUUUUUCACCUCUUGAAGCUGAUUAUUCAACGGGAUAUCUGCAAGAUGCUUUGUUUGAAUUCAGCUCUAAGCGAAGAAGAUUGCUUUUGUUUGAUGAAGAUCAAACCAAAGAGUUCAACAAUUCGAUUGAGAACUGCAGGAACUCAAAUUUUGUUCAGAAUUCUUAUCAAAGUUAUGAUGCAUUUGGCCAAAUAAGUAUGAGCAGAUCAAGUAGUGAGUUGUGUCAACCGACAUCUGAUAAACAAACCCUAUUUUCUUCGGGUGCGAGUGGCGAGAAGAGAUCCAAGAAGAGAGUGAUAGAAGACAAGGUUGUGUAUCCAUUCGAUUUUGUUAAACCGGGAGGAUUUGAAGGCGACGUGACAUUAGACGACAUAAAUGAGAGGAUUCUAAUGCCUCCGAGUAGGCCGGUACGACAUCCGGUGGGGGAUUUUGCCUGCAGGCCAUUAGUGUCAUCUGCCGACGGACCGGGUUUGUCUGGUAAGGCUGUGCAAACAUCAUCAAUCUCAUCACUCAACACUCAACCAACAUCUGAUAAACAAACCCUAUUUUCUUCGGGUGCGAGUGGCGAGAAGAGAUCGAAGAAGAGAGUGAUAGAAGACAAGGUUGUGUAUCCAUUCGAUUUUGUUAAACCGGGAGGAUUUGAAGGCGACGUGACAUUAGACGACAUAAAUGAAAGGAUUCUAAUGCCUCCGAGUAGGCCGGUACGACAUCCGGUAGGGGAUUUUGCCUGCAGGCCAUUAGUGUCAUCUGCCGACGGACCGGGUUUGUCUGGUAAGGCUGUGGUGGCACUCACCAGAAUUCACACUCAAGGGAGGGGUACAAUCACGAUCAUUCGGACAAGAGGUUAA